AUGGCCGACUUGGAUGCCUUCGAACAGUCACCGCCGUCUACGCCACAGCAGGAGCCGCCGCUGCCGCCGCCGCCGCCGCCGCCACGAGACAUCAACCCUUUCGGGCAGCCGGCAACUCCAGAGUCGAAGGAGGGCAACGAGGUUGAUUUGAAUGCCUCGCUCGAACCCCCUAGGCCUUCGACUCCUCCGCCGCCGCCUCCGAUCCCUGCGAGAGAAGCGGCGGGAUCGGAACACAGCGAAGCAUCGGCUGCCGCGCCUGUCCUCUCCCCUCGUCCGCCCAGUUCCCCACCCCCUCCUCUGCCUGGCGGCGGCGGCGGGUCGGGGGUUGGUGCACUCGGGUCAGCAGCGGUAUCAGCGGCGACAGCAGCUGUGUCCGCUAGCGGGACCACGGGGAAGAGAAAAGCUCUGGAUGAAACGCGAAUUUUCGAACAGAGGAGACACAGCCAUUUCGGCGAGAAGUACGACGGGGAUAGGGAUCGAGUGGACAGCUUGGAACCGGGCACAACCGAGGCGCUCCGAGAAAAGGAGAGGAGAAAGAACAAUCACAAGGAAUGGCCACCGCAGCAGUUGCCGCUGCCGCCCCAACAACGGCGCGGGAGCGGAACGGAUGGGGGGGGACUGCCACCUCAGCCGGCGAGCGCGUUAGACUGUCUCUUCGAGAUGGAGGAGUACACGGCGAUGCGAACGAUCGACAUGUGCCAAGAGGCACACGUUACGGUGAUCGACAAGCAGCUGAACGCGAUGGUCAAGAAGCUGGACGACCGGUUCGCCGAGAUGGUGGGCCAGGGCACGGCGUGCCUUCGCCUGAUGCACUCGGCAGAGAUGAACUCAGCCAAGGCCUACGGACGCUACCAAGAAGUUGUGACGGCGAGUCUCGGCAGAGAGGCGUCUCCCGCACGCGCGACCGCACCGCUGACUUUGAGGGACGUUGCGGGGUCGGAUGUCUGGCUGGCGGACAUGAACUACCGUGUGGCGGUGACUCAGCAGGCGAGGGUGUGGAAAGGGGUUAGCGCGAAGCUCGGCGACCUGUUCGGGCGGAUGAAGGACAUCGAAGUGGAGAGGAGAAAGGCCAUCCAAGGUGGCCUAACGGCGAUGGUGCAGCUCCAAGACGCCCUCUGGCGGGAUCUUCCCGCCUUGAAGGAGCCCGUCGUGCACACGUUGGACCGGAUCAACGUGGACAGACAUCUGCUCGACCAAGAGGUGCGCCAGCAAAUGCGCGUGGGGGCGGCGAGACUUCUGGCCGGCAGGCAAGAGAACGGCGCCGGCGCCGGUGGCGGAGGCGCCAACGGAGGAGCCAGCGAGGGCGACCCGGCCGGGGCGGCGGCGGCGGAUGCGGCGGCGACCGCGAGCGGCGGCGGCGGUUCGGUGGAGCGGUCGGAGACCAUGCCUGCUGACUUCUUGGCGGGCCUCGAGUCCCCCUUGGCCAGCUCCCUCAUCGCACGAUCGACCAUGCUGGAAAGGAGGGAGAAGGCCAUGAUCGCCUCUCGCUGGAUCCUGGUCUUGGCGAUCCUCACGCACGACUCGUACCUGCUGCUCUUCGACGUGCCCAGGGGCACAGCUGCCCACAAGAAGCAGCUCAACGCGCGUACCUCUGAGGCGUUCGCCGAGCUGGUGCCCAAGCCUGAGGUAGGCGCCAUGGCGGUCGAGCUUGGGAAACACAAGGACGGAAAGGGGGUUGACUCGGGCGGGCUUCCUGUGCCGCCUUCGGUGGCCAUCGACCUCAGCGCGUGCCAGGUGAGCUUCAAACCGGACGGCAAGAGCGAUGCGACGUUCGAGAUCACGGAGAUAAAGCCGACCAGGGGUGUCAAGACCGUCUUCAAGGACUUCGAAGAGACCAAGUUCACGCUGAGGGGGCGGUCGCAAGAAGCGAUGGUGGAUUGGGUGUGCGAGAUAAAGGAAAUGGGGCGUGCGGGCAUGAAAGCUGUGUCCGACAGCGGGAAGGGGAAGAAGUGACGGCGGACGCUUUGACACCACGCCGCCUUUGAAAAUGAUGGGCAAGCUCUUCAGUGCAGCUUUUUUUUGCUGCCGAGAGUGGAGCAUCAUUUGGCUGCACGCGUGACAUGUCCAUGCCGGUCGUACCAUUAUUUUUUUGUUCUCC